AUGAGUUGCCUAGUGUUACCAUUAGUGAGUGUAGGAAAUAUACCCCAGUUGAGUGUUGACUGGCUACUGAAUUCACAAUCAAAUGAGUGGGAAUAUCUGGAGGCUUUAGAUUCCAAAUACCUAGUAGAAUUCGUGGGACCAUUAGACAGACCAGAGGAUGGUAGCGCCUCGUUGUACAAAGACAAUGAUAUGAAGUAUAGCAGUGCUUUGGAGGUCUUUUACAACAAGAAACGGGGAAUUUAUGCGAUACAGCAACGCACACCCCUAGUGUCCGUAAAUUAUUUGAACAAUUUUAUAGUAGAGAUCAUCUUGCCAUUCUUGAGCAAGUAUAAAAUAUCGGAGAUAUCAAUCUGGGACUCUCUAAGUGCAAUGGAGGACGAAAAUGGUGUGAUUGUGCAUCCGCACGAGAUAUUUUCGCUAGGUGAGUUUUACUUUGACGAUGGGGUCGACCUUCUAUCGAGCCUCCAUCUCAAUGACCAAGAGCCGAUGGUGAACAAUUGGUUGCAGUUUACCCCAACGAGUUUCCAAGACAAGAUAUCCAUUGAUCAGCCAAUUUUCAAAAUACUUUUCCAAAUACUGAAUGCUUCACAGAGGCCUCAAGCUCUUCGUAGCAUCAAAUACUGCAGUUGUUUGGCCAAUGAGGGAGACAACUCACUGGAUUCUCAACAGUUCUUGCAAUGGAUCAUUUCUCAAAAGAUUGUUACAAACCUACCACCAAUAACAAAGUUUAUCAGGCCUAUAUCAUGGCAAGGUGUGUACGGGGUCGCUGAUUCAAGAGAUAAGUUUAUAAAUUUAUACAGUUGA